UUCCAGAGAGAGAAGCAAAUGUCUUACGCUGCUGUAACUUCGCUUAUGGAAACACUGUAUCUACAUUUCUUGCAAUCACAGACACGCUUCCCUCUUGAAGAUUUAGAGGCACAGAUCAAAGAUGCCAAUAAAAAUCUUGGCUUGCUGCAACUAAUUCUUGAGGCGAUUGCCAAUGAUGAUGCGGGGGCCAUGAAAGAUGGAGAGAUUGAGUUGGAUUCAAAGGGUUGGACGAAGCAGCGUCUUCUUCGUAUAAAGGCUUGCCUCCCCAGGGUUCAUGGAAUCUUCAAUCAAGCAGUCAAGCGACUAUGUAAAAAGCAGCUAUUGACUUCUAGGCUCAGAGAGGUGAUUGAAGUCAAACAAAAGAUAGUUUCUCUCCAUGAAAAUCUGGGCUUGCUGCAAAAAAGUCUUGAGAAAUUGGAGAUCGGCUGUAAUGAUGCGAGGGUGCUGAAAGAUUUAGAGGCGCAGAUCAGAGAUGCAUCGUUCAAAGCGGAAGAAAGGAUUGAGAUGGAGUUGACUGCCAUUUAUCUACCAAACGGCAAGGGGGAUAAUCUUCAUAUAGCAGCUAGCCUGCUCAGGCUUCAUGAAAUCUUCAAAGAAGCAGAAAAACAGACUGAUUACCACAGGAAGAAAUUGAUUAGGAUUCAAACUAAAUACCAGCUAAUUCCAAAGGUUUCACUCCUUGGUCGGAUCCGACCAAGAGGACUACUGCUUGUGAAAGGAGGAGGAGGAUUAUCACAGCCUGAUCAAGCACACAAGAACAUUAUUGUGAGUAAAUUUUCCAGAAACACUUCAAAGUUGGACAGUAGAAUGGUGGGAUGCCAUGAGGCGUUCAAGACAAUAUUGGAUAAGCUCACGCAACAAUCAACUAAGGGGAGACAAGUUGUUUCAAUUGUUGGCAUGGGAGGAAUAGGCAAGACCACUUUAGCACACAACGUUUAUGAACAUCUCUCAAUUACUUCUUAUUUUGACAUGCAAGCAUGGGUUACUGUAUCCCAAGAGUUUAACGAGGAACAAAUAAUCCGAUGCCUUAUUGGUUGUGUUACAGCAGCAUCAAGAGAUGAACUCCAUAAACAGAGCACUGACCAAGACCAAUUACCCAAAUUCAGCACUAACCAAGACCAGUUAGCUGAACGCCUGCGUAAACACUUGAAGGAACAAAGAUAUUUGAUAGUGAUAGAUGAUAUAUGGAGCACUACUGCUUGGGAUAGUGUGCAAAGAUGCUUUCCAGAUGAUAAUAAUGGAAGCCGUAUACUAUUGACUUCUCGACUCAGAGAGGUGGCAGAAUAUGCUAGCUCAGGUACCUCUCCUCUUAACAUGCCUUUCUUAGAUGCCGAUGAAAGUUGGAAUCUCUACGGCAAAGUCUUUGGUAAAACUGAAUUCCUUCUUGUGUUUGAGCAAAUUGGUAGAGACAUAGUGAGGAAAUGUAAAGGAUUACCAUUAGCUAUUACUGUAGUAGCUAGUCUUCUCUCCAAGAUAGAAGAGGAGGAGGAAAAGUGGAAGAAUGUUGCAAAAAGUGUAAUGGGUGAUUCUAGUGAUGCAUGUUCUAGAAUACUAUAUUUGAGUUACAAUCAAUUACCACACCGCUUAAAAGCUUGUUUUCUAUAUUUUGGAAUUUUUGAAGAAGACUAUGAGAUCUCUGUGAAGAAGUUGGUUAGGUUGUGGGCGGCAGAGGGAUUUUUGAGCACUGUGAAGCAUGUGAAUUUGGAGAAAGUGGCUAUUGAAUGCUUGCAAGAUCUUGUUGAUAGAAGUCUUGUUAUAGUUAGCAAGCAUAGAUACAAUGGGGAAAUGAAGAGAAUAAGAAUCCAUGAUCUAUUGCGAGAUUUGUGCUUGAGAGAAGCUAGACUUGAAAAUCUCUUGAAUGUCAAUGGAGUUAAAAAACCUUGUCGUUGGAUAAGUCAUACAUUAAGAUCUUUCUAUAAUGAAGUCAGGUUUGAAGAUGAGUGCUUCCACAAAUCUCAUUCCUUUCACUUAACUCAUUUUUACUAUUCUUGGAAGGCAGAUGUGAAACGUCUAUUUUCACACUUGAAACUACUAAGAGUACUAGACAUUAGAAAUAGAUUUUGGGAUGGAGUUAUAGACCUAAAUGUGCUUGCAAAUCUUGUUCAUUUGAGAUACUUAGCUUUGUCCACAAAUAAGCGUUCUGAGAUAAAGCUCUUUGAGCAUUGGAAUAUGCAAAGUUUGAUUGUUAGUGGGGGUGGUGUUAUAUUGUAUUCCUCUGAGCCAUCUGGAAUAUGGAAAAUGCCACUAUUAAGGAAUUUUUGCAUUGAAAGAAUUUGUUCAUUAGAAACUCCGUCAGUUGUUUAUAGAAACUUAGAGAAUAUAUCUUGGUUGGAUUCUAAGUUAUGUACAAAGGAUCUAUUUACAAUGACUCCGAAUUUAAAACAUUGGGAGUUGAUGGUGGAUACUGUGUUAUUAGUCUAGAUUGUUUUUAUAAUUUUGUGCACUUGGAGCAGCUUGAGAAACUAAACAUCAGAAUGUGGAACCUUGUUAUGUGUAGCAUCCCAUGGGCAACUAGUUUACCAAAUCUUAAGAAGCUCAGCUUGUUGAAGUGUAAUCUGCAGUGGAGUGAGCUGAGCGCUAUUAGUAUGUUGCCUAAUCUGGAGGUUCUAAAACUGAUAGAUGCUUGUAAAGGCCCAGAGUGGGAGACAUCUGAUGGAGGGUUCCAUCGAUUGAAGAGGUUGGUAAUUAAAAAAAUAAAUUUCCAAUGUUGGAAUGUUGUGGGUGACCAUUUCCCUAUGCUUGAAUGUUUAGAGAUAAGUGAGUGCUAUUGGUUGAAAGAAAUCCCUCGUGGUUUUGCCGAUAUCACCACACUAGCAUUGAUUCAGUUAAGCAAAUGUAGGGAUUCCCUUGUGGCUUCUGCAAAGUGGAUUCAAGAAGAGCAAAACAACAACUAUGGAAAUGAUGCCCUCCUUGUUCGUUACUAAAAUGUUAAGACUUCAUGGUGUAAGUGGUUUGAGGAGGAAGAGAGUGAUGAAUGAAUAGCAGUAUAUAGGAAGGCAUGGUGAAAUUGUUGGAGGAAAUGACAAAUCUGAUGGAUGGUGCUUCCAUUGCAGGGGAAUAGAAUUUUUAUUUAUUCAUUUAAAGUCUCAGAAAUCUGUUUUGUUUCUGAAGUGAAGUGAAGUUUGUACAGAUUUUGGUGCUGGGGAAUUAGUUUGUAGAUAUGAUGGUUGCAAUAUAGCUGCUCUGCACUGCAAUGAAUAAUCAUUAUCUGUUUAAUUUUCUCUCAUUUUUCUCUAUAUAUCUAACUAUCUGCUUUAUA